AUGCCACGACUUUCGGGGCCACACACGAGGGCCUCUCCUGUAAAUACCAUGACCGUCGGGGCCACAGGCGGGGCCGUAAAUAUCCAUGUGCCACCAGGGGCCACUCCUGAAUUUUGGUCAAUGCACAGCUUCAAGGCAUGGCAACAUACAACGGUAUUUGCAGACCAGCCAUGCUUGCCCAAAAGGCACCUUGCCAUGUGCAAGGUUCUGGGGCCCAGUUUUGCCACCCACAAAGCCAAACUGGACGGCUCGUGGUGGAUUGCCAGCUUGGCGGCUCUGGACGCCUGUGGCACCAACGAGGCUCAGGUGGAGCUCUUGGUGGAGCUUCGCACCUUGGCCGAAGCGGAGCGGGCGCUGCAAACGGCCAUGCCGCUGGCGUGCAAGGGCUUCAACAUGAAUCCGGAGUUCGAGACGAGCUCCGUGUUCGGCACUGAGAACUCGUUGCUACCCUUGCCGAGCUACAAUCAAGAGAGCGAAAGCCUGGCGGCGUUCGAGGGCAAGGACCAGACGAUGAUGCAACGACUCCGGAGGGCCAUCCGCGAGCUCACGGCGCUGGAAGCCUCGCGUGUAGUCGAGAAGCUCACGAGGUUUCAACAGCCUUCAUUGAUGGUCUGUUCCCCGGUGGAUCCUGCGGCCGACGCGGUGGACUUCGAGGUGGACCGGCUCAGCGAGACGCUGCUCUUCGCCGUCGGACUCUCUGGCAGUGGCGGAGGAAGCGGCAAGGAUCUUUGGGAUGCCUUGGUGGCAGGCUGCCAAGGUGCCCAGGCGGAAGCCGCGGAAGCCACCGCCCAGGCCGCCCAGGCCGGGGAUGAGGCCGGGACUUCGCAGGGGCUGCCAUUGGAUGGUCUCUGGCUUGAGGCCAUGUACAAUGUCGGGGCCAUCGCUCUAGAGUUGCGUCGAGAGGAGAUCCAGCUCUAUGCGGAUGCCUGGUGUACCCGUGCAAUCGAGUUGGACUGGCAGCUGCAAUUGGAGGAGAUUGAUGAGACUUUGGGCUGGGUCUUUCAGCAAGUGGAGCACCUCAAGGCGAAAGCCCAGCAAGUGCUGAUCCUGCGGCGUUUGGAGGGCAGUGUGGAGUCUGCCAUGACAGUUCGGCCAUCCUUCCCACCACCGUCAGUGCUGAGUCUUCGAUGGGCUAUGCUGAAGAAACCUGCGAGAGACGGGGUACGAGAUCUGCAGAUGCUGCGGAAGCGCCCCACCGGGCCAAGCAAGGUGAAGCAGACGGUCCCCCCAGAAGCAUUGAUCGACGCGGAGAGUGGGCGGCAGCUCAAUGCGAUCAUGCGGCAGAUGGGUUCGGACGAGCCACUCGGCCCGAAGCGACGGGACCGGCGGGACGGGAUCGGCUACCCCACAAACGUGGCGGCUGACCUGAAGACGGGCGUGAAGAAGGUGCAGCACCGACAUGUGGGGGAAGCCAAGCCUAUGGAGGCUGAUGGGAGUUGCUCCCACCAUCUUCUAGUGAGAGAUGGAAACAGCAGUGACUGUAUCCUACCACAACGCAUCGAUGUUGGGAAGCACUUCAUCAUGACAGGCGGUCCUGAAGCCAUUCGAGAGCCCUAUGAAGACAUGAUCUCUAGGGUGUCCUCCUUUGGCAGAUAUUUGUUUAAUCUACAGGACUUGCCGGUGGUGGAGAAGCUCUUCGAAGAUGAGAAGUUCCAACACUUUGCGAAGAGCGUCUGCCCCAAAGAGAAGCAAGUUUUGGACCCCUUCCAGUUCAACUUCAUCCUCUCGGUCCCGGGCCAAACCGUGGCGCUUCAUCUGGAUGCACCUUACUUCCUUGGUGCCACGCGCUUUCAGGUGCCUCAGUGGUUGUUGGCGGUGAUGGUCUUCAGCGGGCUCUUCCAAGAGCGCUUUGUGGAUCAGGUCCAGGUGGUGGGAUACUUACACGAUCAGAUGGCUGUGGAAGAUCAAAGCGCUGGAGGCUUGUUCCUCUACUACGACGAGAACUCCGCGACUCCCAAGAGCUUCCCCUCCAGUCCGCUCUCGGGGAUCUCGGUGGAUGGGAGCAAGACGCUCCAUGCAGCUGGGGUCUUCAAGCCAGAGGUCAAGACGCCCUUCCUGGACAAGGACAAAGACAAUGCCUUGUUCUAUGUGGGCGAUGAGCUUUGGGAGCUGCGCAGUGAGGGUCAGGUGCUCCAGAGCUACAACUCUUCAGAGCUGCGGAUGACCAUCGUCUACAGGGCACGCUGCUUCACCUCAGAGGAGGAGAGACAAAGAUAUCUAAAGCAAGCUCCAGAAGAUUUGCUGAGCCUAGACGAGAUUUUGGAGAAGCUGAAGGAGGACUUGGUCAAGCGGAGGAGGUUAUCAAGGGAUCAGGCCGCAUCCAUGGACCGCCUCGACUUGGCGGUGAUGCUGCUGGACACUUACAUCAAGUAUCCACUUCCCGACUUGCAACAUGCCAAAGUUCCUCUGAACUAUUGCGCUCUUCCGCGUCGAGCUGGCCAAUUUCGCCACCUGCUCACUCGACUCUUGAAUCCUGCCAAGCCACCACCGGGGUUGCUGAGCUUUCAGCAAUGGCUGCAAGGCCCUGCAGGCCAUGCUGUUCUCGCCAGAUACCGCGCGAGUUAG